AUGCACGGGACGCCGAAAGUGACUCGUGCUCUUGGCUAUUCUGCCAAGAGGACAUUUUCGACCAGUCCUCGAUUCCAAUCGUCAUCGCCACGCCUCAAUAUCAAUAGCAAUCGGCUAUGGGAAACUUUACAUAGGACCUGCGAAUGGGGUUCGGCUCACAGAUACGGCGAAUACCCUACUGAAACAGGCAUGGCACGUCUAACGUUAACCGAUGACGAUGCCAGAGUACGGAAAUGGUUUGCUGAUGAGGUCCAACAACUGGGAUGCUCUCUGUCUGUGGAUAAGAUGGGAAAUAUGUUCGCCCGUCGGCCAGGAAAAUUGCGCUCCCCGGCGCCUAUGAUUGCUAUGGGAAGCCAUCUAGACACUCAACCUCGGGGUGGCCGGUAUGAUGGAAUCUUGGGAGUUUUGGCUGCCCUAGAAGUGCUACGGACGAUGAAAGAAGCCAACUUCGAGACGAACUACGAUGUUGGUGUAGUGAACUGGACAAAUGAGGAGGGAGCUCGCUUCCCUAAGUCGAUGUGUGCUUCUGGCGUUUGGGCUGGUUCUAUUCCGAUUCAGUCAGCCUGGGACUUGACCGAUAUCCAUGACCCCAAAGUAACUCUACGAUCUGAGUUGGACAAACAUGGCUAUCUGGGUGACAUCCCCUGUUCGCACGACCCAGAAACAGGAUAUCCUUUGGGUGCUCAUUUCGAAUUGCACAUUGAGCAAGGGCCCCUUCUUCAAGAGACUGGGCGCUCCAUUGGCAUUGUCCAGGGGGCUCAGGGCUAUAGAUGGUUGACCUUGACUGUUCAGGGCAAGGAUGCUCAUACUGGCACAACGCCUCUCAGCGCUCGCCAUGACCCUUUGCUAGCGGCUUCCAAAAUGAUAGCGGCGUCGAACGCCAUCGCUAAGCGACACGACGCGCUGGCCUCCACGGGUAUCCUAAGAGUCCCCUCGAAUGCGUCAACUAACACCGUGGCAUCCGAAGUAACUUUUACCUUGGACAUCCGCCAUCCCCAAGAUAGUGUUGUGUAUGCUGUUCAAGGGGAAUGUCUGGAGGCAUUCAAGGCGAUUGCAUCCGAGGAUGGAAAGGGCGUCUCGUUUGAAUGGACUCUGGAUACCGACUCUCCCGCUGUCAAGUUUGACCAAGGCUGCGUGGAGUCCAUCAAGUCGGCCGCCGAUCACCUUGUUGGUCCUGAAAAAACGAUGUAUAUGACCAGCGGUGCUGGCCAUGAUACUGUGUAUACCAGCAAGCACUGCCCGUCCGCGAUGAUAUUUGUGCCAUGCCGGGACGGAGUGAGCCAUCACCCAACCGAGUAUUGCUCACCGAAAGACUGUGCACUUGGUGCCCAGGUUCUGCUUCAAGCCGUCGUUCACUACGACCAGGCGCGCGCGAACCACAUCAGCAGUAUCUAA